AUGGAUAGAAGACCAUCAGGAUUUUCAAAAAUACCUCCAAUUAAUUCAAGAUCUGUUUUAAUUGCUAUAGAUGGUUCUGAACAUUCAAAAAAAGCAUUUCAAUAUUAUUUAAAAUGGUUACAAAGACCAGAUGAUACAAUAACAAUUUAUCAUGCUGUAGAACCAGUCUCAUUACCAACUAUAUCAUUAUCAAAUCCAAUUAGUAUACCAAGUGAUGAAUGGUCAAAUCUUGUACAAACUAAUGUAAAACGUGUACGUGAAUUAGAACAAGAUUAUAGUACAGAUUGUUUAGCACAUAAUUUAACAUACCAAUUUUUAUAUGAACCAGUUGAACAUAUUGGUGCAGCUAUUGUUCAAAAUGCUGAAAAAUAUAAUGUACAUUUAAUAAUUGUUGGAAGUCGUGGUUUAGGUGCUAUAAAACGUACCAUUAUGGGAAGUGUUAGUGAUUAUGUUGUACAUCAUGCUAAUACAGCUGUAUGUGUUAUUCCUUGUAUGACAGAACAAAAGAAUUCUUGUAAAAAUUGA